CUGCUGCUGUCGUCACCCUUGGACACGUGUGAGAGGCUGAAUAACAACUAGAGCUCUGUCUCGGGGCUUCACAAUCCUGGAAUGAGCGGCAGCAUCUGUGUUGCUCCGGAGGAUGCAAUAAGCAACCGGGAGUGGGAAAUACUGCCGGUAAUCCCUCCCUGCCUGCCUUUCCUCCUGCCGACCACGGGAACAUGAAGGCUGCCUGUCUCCAGAUGCUGCUGUGGGCCCUGUGCCUGGUGACCCUGGCUGGAGGGCAACCCAGAGCACCUGUGUGGUGUGCAGAAAAUUGCAAAAAUUUUACAAAGAAGUUACCAGAGAAUCUGAUCAGGAGCUACGAGACCAAAUCCGUCUGUGGACGAAAUAUCACCAUAUUUGUUACUGUGAAGUCCAGGAGGAUUUGUGCAGAUUCAGAUGAAGGCUGGGUGAAGAAGAUCAAAGACAAACUGGACAGGAAAAGUGCCACAGUGAUGCCACCACAUGAUGUCACCUUGGCAGAAGAGCCUGGUAGUGUUGAGAGACGUGUUGGUCUUCCAGAACUGGCUCCAUCUCAAGCCACUGCUCCAGCUAGUUUCUUCCAAGGGACUGGAACAACACUUAGGGAGAGAGUUCAUGCUCCUGCUGCCACGACAGAGGUGUCCAGCACGCCCCCAGUGGGCAGGCAGGAGCCCCCCCAGCUCCCUGCAGGAUCCAGCCCCGUGACACAGGAAGAGGCUGUGCACCCUGAGGUCACUCCAGAAGCAAAGGGAGAGCCCUCAAAUUCUCCUGCAUCUUCACCAACUGUUGCAGCAGGCCUGGGCUCCAGGCAGCCCACCCCACACCCCACUGGUCAAGACACAGGUUCUCCUAACUCCAAUUCAGACCUGAUGGCUGCUGCCAGAGGGUCAAACCAACCUGUUCUUGGAUCCCUGAGCCCUACAAGAGCCAGAGCCAGCACACCAGACACUGCUUCCAGCAGUUCUAGGUCAGAUCUCCUCUCCAACUGGGACAGUAUGGAGACCAUCACAGUCACAGAGACAGCACCACAGACUGCUUCAGUUUCUACUCUGAGCUCCACCACUGCCAUAGACAAAGCUGCCUCUGUCCAUACCAGCAGGGUUGUUGGUCCCUCUGCAGGGACAGCAGCAUUUGAUCAUUCAUUGCCUGUAGGAAAGCAAGAGCCUUCAGACACAGUAGUUUUUACUCACCAGGCACUGUCGAGCCAAGCCAGAGUGCAGAUGAUCACAGUCAGGCCAAACAAUCUGCCUCUGCCCAGCUUCCUGUCCAAAUCUCAAAUGCACUUUGUCAUCACAGUUUCUGUGGUGUGUGGACUGAUGGUUGGCAGUGUUGCUCUUGUAUGGGUGUAUCUGAAAUUUGGAGUCAAACCAGAAGAAACGUCAAGAGAAAUGGUGCAGGGCUUGCUCUACCAGCAGGCAGGGCAGCAAGACAAUGUCUAUCCAAUGGAAGCAAUAUGAAUGCUUCGUGGCAUGGACAUUUCUGGCCUCAUCUGUAUGAGUGUUGCUCCAGAAAAGCUGUUCAUGCUGAAAUGGUGACCAGUAGGAAGCAAGCCUGGGAAUAAAAAUCACAGAGAAAACUGA